GUGUGGGUCCGUUCUUGCAUUUUGUUAACAUCGAUCAUUCUAGCUAACAAUGGUUGAUCAGAAAAUAAGAAAACAGCACAUUGAAAACAGCAACCUAGUUGUUACAGCUAUUUGACUCAAUUCUUCUAAAAAAUGUAGCACACUUUCUACAUACAAGGCUAGCUACAGCUGUACGAACAAGCUACCAGCAACAACAAUAUAAGAGGAACCCAGUGCUCACACACAUGCUUCCAUCCACAUCUCAUCUCCUCCUUCCUCUCCUAGUCUUUGGCAGCACCAAGAACUCUUCUUCGAUCACCAAGAAUUCUUCUUCAUUGGGUGCCUCCAAGAAGAUCGCUAAGACUGCUUGUCCUAGCUUGGAGCGACAAUGAUGGCGAUGGGGUACUUCCGGGCCCCGAGGCGGCUGUACGGGAGGAAGCCGGAGAGGGAGCAGCACCGGGAGAGCCUGAGCGCCGCCCUGCUCGUCGACGAAGGCGAGGCGGCGGCCGCGGCGGGCGCCGUGCCCAAGGGGUACUUCGCCGUGUACGUCGGCGCGGAGGCCCGGCGGUUCGUGGUGCCGACGAGCUACCUCCGCCAGCCGGCGUUCCGGGAGCUCAUGGAGCGCGCCGCCGAGGAGUUCGGCUUCGACCAGGCCGGCGGGCUCCGCAUCCCCUGCCGCGAGGACGACUUCGAGGCCACCGUCGCCGCCCUCGAGAAGUCGAGGCGCGGCGGCGGUGGCGGUCGGGCGCGAGGAGCGCCGGCAGGACCAACGCGAUGGGCGCGUUGCAGCUAGCUUAUCUAGCCAUGCGUACAUGAUGCAUCAUCAUGCAGAUUGCAGGAACAUAGAAGAUAAAUUCUUUGGUUCUUUGGUCUGUUGGUUGUUAACUAAGCUGUAGGUAGAAUUCAUGGGAUGAGUAAUGCUGCUUUGCCUAAUUAUCUGACAUGAAGAUGUAACAAGAACUUACAUUCUCUUAAUCCUCUGGUUAAUCAGAAGAUUUGAUCCACACAUUCCCAAGAUGUCAGAUGUGCGCUACUUGUGCUGAGUUUGGCUGCAGUUAAGAAUGUUAGUUCUAUGCGAAUGUCAAUGGGUACAUCAGGAUUCAGGAGAAUGAAAUCCAUAGAAUCAAUGCAGGCAUGUGGUCAUGUGGAUCAUCUGAACUCUGAAGCAAUUAGCUUCGAUUCUGAAGCGAAGCAUGAUGGCGCAUGUGGGUUAGGCGAUCAGUGACUCAUGGCGCAUGUGGAUCUCUGAGAUACUGCAAGAAGGUAAAACUUCCUUUCUCAUGAUCCAUGGCACAGAUGUACUGUCAUUCUCUGUUCGGAAGAUGUAUCCCUUUGAUCAUAUAUAGGAAC